UGCAGAAUUGAUUUCCUAAUAAUUAAAUUUUCUUAAAGCGUGUUUCACAGUUUCGUCUUAUUAAAAUAAUAUAAUGUCAUAGUUACAAUUUUAUGUUGCAUGUAAAGAAUGACAUUAGGUAGACAUACAAAAGUAGGAAUUGGUUGGGUUGUCAUAACGGCGGCAGGUAUUUAUUCAUUCUACUUAUCAAAGAAAAGUAUUGAUAAAAGGCGUUAUGAGAAUAUGAAAAUUAGAGAACGAAUGAGACAAGCUAAUACUGGAGAAUACGAACCAAGUUAUCGGAAGUUCUCUUCUUCAUCCUAGCUGUAGAUAUUACAUUUCCUGCUUUAGUUCUCAUUCUGCACUG